AUGGCCAGCAAGAGAUCAAAAGCGGACACAAAAACAAAACAAAGAGAUAAUCAUAACCUCAAUACUCUUAAGAGACAUAAGACUAGCAAAACAGCAAUCGAUGCAAACGAUUGCCAAUUAAGUCCCAAAUCACGUCAAAUCAGCCCUUAUUUCCAAUCCAUUGACAGACUUUGCUAUCAAUUCUUUGCCACAAAAACUUGUAUUCAGUUAUCGAAAGCGCUUUUGGGACAAACCUUAUGCCGAAGACUAUCACCGGAGGGACCAAUCCUUAAGGCAAUGAUCGUCGAGACGGAGGCCUAUAUGGGAGUGAUUGAUAAGUCGUGCCACACAUACGGCGGCCGUCGGACCAAAUGCAAUGAAGCCAUGUUUAUGUCUUCGGCCACUAUAUAUGUGUAUAAAAUUCAUGGUAUAUAUCAUUGUUUGAAUUUGUCGGCCGAAGAGGAGGGAGCGGUAGUACUGUUGAGAGCUGUUGAGCCGUUAGAGGGAAUCGAUUCCAUGAAUCAAUUGAGGACUCAAUUUCAGCGAAGACGUCGUCAGACGAGUAGCGAUGAUAAUAGAGUUGAGAAGCCAUACAAACCUAAAAUGUUGGCCAACGGACCCUCAAAAUUGUGUAUAGCUUUUGACAUAACUAAGGAUAAUAUGAAUAAAGUGGACAUAACUAACAGUUCCCUCAUUUGGAUCGAGAGGUCGGCCGCCGUUUGUGCCGAAGAUAUCGUUUGCUCGAAACGAAUCGGCAUUUCUGGAGACCAGGAAUGGGUGGACAAAGAGUUUCGGUUUUAUAUAAAAGGCAGCGAUUUUGUGAGCAAAAAGUGA